AUGGGCCGUCGCGGACCAGCUUGUCGACGAUGUAGGGGACGUCAUCUAAAAUGCAAUGGAGACAGGCCAUGUGCCCAAUGCAAAAAGUCCGACAUUGAAUGUGAUUUGUCGAAGGUGAACAUCAGAUUCCGGUCGCACAAGCCUCGACCAAAGCCGGAUUUAACGUUUUCGCCCAGUCAGGAAUGGGUUGGGACGGCCGGAAAGGGCGAGGUUCACUAUGUUGACGUGAGCCGGGAAUAUGCCGACAAGGGUUCAAACGAGUCGAGACCCAGACGGACAUCCAUCUCAAGUCAUGAGGUGGAAAGUACCUCUCCUUCAAGGCCUCGAUCAGAAGACGCUCCUAACAUCGAGCACUUAUCCAUUUCCGAAACAGACCCGAUUUUCUCGGGCCCGGGGCCACUGUUUACCCCCGACAGCACAGCAGCAGUGUUGCCUCAGUCUAUCGUCCAUUCUACAGUAAUACCAUUUUCAACUAUCGGGCACAAUCGCGAUAUUCCAGAACGGUCAAUAUAUCCUGCACAACGAGACAAGUACCCUUUAGGCCCCUUGAAAGGACUUCCGGAUUCCGCGUCAAAACAGGCCUUCGUGACGAAUAUAGAAGAAGCAUGUUUAAUACGAUAUUUUGUGGACUACUUAGCUCUAUGGUUUGACACCAGUGACCGAGACCACAAUUUCUGCUACACAGUGCCUGAACGGGCAAUGUUUUGUCCCGUCCUGCGUUAUGCUCUACUUACUGCAUCGGCUGGGCAUCUCACUCGAUUAUAUAGCCCAUAUCGAAACUCCAACAAUGUGAUCGUGUACGACGGCAUCCACCUGUUCAACCUCCGGUAUGACACUGCGAUUUCGUACCAUGAUAUCUGCAUAUCGUACUUGAUUCAAGUGUCGAACGAUCCGAGCGGAGACUUUAAUGAGGAUAUUUUGACCGCUGCAACUAUCCUGCGCUUCUUCGAACAGCUUGACGCCCCCUCCGCAGGAACGGACACCGGUACCUACCUGACCGCCGUCCAAUUCAUCAUUAACACACAGCGCAACCAGUCAUUCUAUUCCUACAAAACCAUUGCUGGUCCACCACGCGAUGCGAGCAUUCACGAUAUCCCUGCUCCAUCACUAGGUCACUCCGCGUGUCUGAUAGCCCUUCGACAGGAGAUCUGGAGUGCUUUUCUCCAUCAACAUCCGUGUCGUCUCCCCAUAUGUCCAUAUGAAGCUGAAAUCAUCUUUGACGACACAGCAAAUGAUUUUAUCUGGGCGAACCGCAUAUUAAUAUGGUGCGCGAGCCUGCUCAAUUUCUGCUUCCGUUGUGAGCCUAUGACACACGAGGAAAAAGUUCAACGCUGGACGAAGUUUAAAAGUUUCGAAGAACAAUGGAACACGCGCAAACCUUAUUCAUUUCGACCCAUUUACUACGAAGAUUCAGAUCCAAGCUCUGGUACCUUUUUCCCGCGCAUAUGGCACAUCAACUCUUGUCAAGUCAUGGCGGAGCAGCAUAUCGAGCUCGCGCGCAUUCUAUUGGCCGUGUCAAAUCCGAAGAUUUCCCGGAUUGGUCUUGGUACUUCGUUUGCAAAUGCCUCACUAGAGGCAGAGCUACGGUCUAUUGCUAGAAGGUUGGUUGGACUAGGAAUUUCAAAUCCGAAGAUGCCACCUGCGUUGGUGACUUCUGCUGUGGGAAUAUCAAUGUGUGGGGGGUACUUUAGGGACCCAAGGGAGCAGGAGGCGUUAGUAGAUGUAUUGGUUUGCUUGGAAGUGGAACAUGCCUGGCCUACUGAGACUACCAUUGGAGCUUUGAGGAAGGCUUGGUGUUACAAUUAG